GUUUCAGAGCAAUAACAAUAACUGCGCAACAGCCUUACAAUCGGCCAGACUUUGUCAGGCAGAGUACAUUCGUUCAGCUUUUUCUUCUACUCUAACAGACACAAACAUUCUACAGGAGCAGGCAGGAUGUCUGUGACCAUGACCAAGGCCGAUGGGAUCACAGUGUUCACUGUGACCUCUGACCCCCAAAGUGUUUAUCCUCCUCUGUGCCAAAUCCUCAAAAGCCUUUGCUACAGCCCUGUGUGCUGCUCUGUGUCUCAGCACCUGAGAAGUGUCCAGAGAACUUCUCAGUCAGUACUGGGGGCUCUGCACAUUAUGGUUGGGUUGCUCAACAUCGGCCUUGGAACGAUACUCGCUUGCAGUCAAACUGACGAUUGGUAUGUGCCAUUUAAUCAAACCGGAUUUCCUUUUUGGCUUGGAGGAUUGUUUAUUUUGUUUGGCUCCAUUGGCAUUUUGUCUGAGAAGUACCCCAGUCCAUGUCUGGUCAUCGUCAAUGUGAUCCUGAAUCUAGCAGGAGUUGCUUUUGCCAUUACAGCCAUCGUACUCUACAGCCUAAAUAUGGCACGCAUUUACGUGUGGUGGACGUGUAGAAAUUAUGACAAUAAUUACUAUUCAGGGUACAGAAGACAGACUACAACUCCUACUCCUGGGGAGAACAUCAUGAUGGAGAAAUGCUUGGAGGGCAAAGAACUGGCUCUGAUGCUUUUGAGAAGCAUGGAUGCUGUGCUGAUUGUCCUGUCAGCCCUGGAGCUCUGCCUCACCAUCAGCUCUGCCAUCAUGGCGAUCAAGGCUCUAAAGAGCAGUGAGAAGGGAAAAAAAGAGAAGACUGGUGACCCAGAACUCUACAAACCGCUACUGGAGGAUGUCACCUGUAACCCCACAGUCUGAAUGAAAAUAUCUGCUUUGUGCUCUGAGUUACCAGGUAUAAUCCUGUGCAUUCAUACCAUUGAGUGUAUAUCUAUGUAAUGUCAAUGAUUUAGUCAAAUUCAGGGGGUAUGCUUAAAAAUCCUGCACUUAUAUUUUGAUGAGUAUGAUUUUCUAUUGAAUAAUGUGCCUUACGGUCAGCUAGUGUAGGUAAAAGGGAGGUUCAUUAAUGUGAAUGUGUAACAUUGAUGGAUAGAUACGGUUUUUGUUUGCUAUUUUACAAUAUUAAGUUAAAAAAAAAGUCAUCAACACUGUUGACUGUACAAACGUUUUGUUGAUUGUGCUUCUGCUGUGUACUUUAUAAUAAACCUUAAAGCCUGACACAAAAAUGUAAUCAGUUUAAUAACUAGUUGUGCUCUUUGUGUACAAAUAAUAAACCGUAAUUAUUAAAGUGCUCAUAUUAUG